CUGACGCUAUGUGUGGCAUGGCGUCACACACCCGGAAGUCACCGAUGUCCUCCAGUCAUAGAGCCGGCAUGUGAUGUUACACAAGCUGGCUGCUGCUGCUGCUGCUGCUGCUAGUGCUGAUGUGCGGGGCUCCCGGAGGUCAGAAUCAUGGUCAUAGCGGGUCUCAUAGGUGGAGCAAUGAGGAUUUUACCACUGCUGCUACUCUCUGUCUGAGCGAUAACCUUCUGUCCAAUACCACUACCAAGUUACCCAGAAGUCUCAAGUGCCGCACCCGAGCCAUGGCUCUUGCUGUGGUUUCUGCCUCUUGUCAAGUGCUCAGAGGGACUACUGGAAUUUUCACUAGUCAGUCGGCCUCACUGCUGUGGAGGGCCCCUGCUUUGUGCGCUUGUACCCUGAAUAGACGGAAAAUGACGUCGCAAAGAAAAACAGACCAUUUGGAGAGAACCGCAAACACAUUUAGACAAGAGAUUAUAUCUCCUGCAAAGGUCUGUGGGCUCACCAAUGAGUCUGCCACUGUGAAGAGAGUCCGCCUUGCUGUGGAGAACAGUGAAUUUACAUUUAAAGCGGGACAAUGGGUAGAUUUCUUUGUCCCUGGAGUUUCUGUAGUCGGUGGUUUCUCAAUCUGCUCUAGUCCUGGGCUCCUGGAAAGAGAAAGGGUCCUGGAACUUGCUGUGAAAAACAACUUGCAUCCUCCGGCUCACUGGAUUCACUCCCAGUGUGCUCUUGGCUCAGAGGUAGCGCUGCGAGUUGGGGGAGAGUUUUUCUUUGAUCCUCAAGAAUCUGACUCUCCGGUGAAUCUGGUCUUAAUAGCUGGUGGAGUUGGAAUCAAUCCAUUGUUUUCAAUUCUCUUACAUGUAGCUGACCUUCACAAGACGUUGGAGACAACAGGCAAAGGUUUCCAAAUGGGGAGCGUUAAGCUCUAUUAUAGUGCCAAGAACACUAGCGAGUUGUUGUUCAAGAAAAACAUUCUCAAUUUGAUGCAGAGUUUUCCUGGAAAAGUAACAUGCAAUUUUCAUGUCACGCAACAGAGUUCACCAGUCUGUCCAGAGCUUCAGCCGUUUAUCACUGAGGGAAGAAUCUCCGAAAAUCAUCUGGCAAAUAAUGUUUCUAGUGAUCAUCUGUGUUACAUAUGUGGACCACCUCCUAUGAUAGAGUCCAUGUGCAAACAACUUGAAGACCUCCUUGUGCCCAGAGAACAGAUUUUCUUUGAGAAGUGGUGGUAGUAAAGAUAUUUAGACAAGAGCCAGUUCCUCUUUACAGGAUAUAGUGACACCCAGCUACUGCAUGCAACUACUCUGUUCUCAAGGACAAAUGCGGACACAAAAGAACCGAACCGGAGCCGUGGAAAAAGCACAGUUAGCUAAGAAAUAUUUGUCACUCCGUGAUUUUAAUUGCAGUGAGAUUGGAUGUCCGCUACAGAUCAAGAAAAAAACAAAAGGAGAUAAAUCUGGAAUAUUUUACAUACAAUUCACCAAUUGUUGUCUUUUAUUUAAAUCUAUAUUGUAAGGUUGUGUACUGAAA